UCUCUCUCGGCUGUUUUACAGAUGCGAGGCAGGCAGUUGUGUUGGGGCGCGCGUGGAAGGUGCCACAUCAAAAUGGAUCCGGAGACGCGGAGCAGACGGCAGAUCGUGUUGAUUCUGCUCGGAGCGCUCACACUCGCCUCCUGCUACCCACAACACCGAUGUGAAUACGAAGAUUAUCUUUUAGGCAGAUGCAGGUCUCCGCUUGGUCGAAGACCCAAAUGCACGGAGAUCCGGCUGUCCUACUGCGAGGACAUGCCCUACACCGAGACGCUGUUCCCCAACGCCCUGGGCCACACCUCCCGCGAGGAGGUGGAGCUUGGCGCAGAGUACCUCCUGAUGAGCGUGGUGGAGACGUUGCUUAGCAGCGGCGGCGGCGUUGGUGGCGGCGGCGGCCAAUGCAGCCCGGUCGUGCGCAUGCUAGGCUGCGCGGUGAUGACGCCGCGCUGCGAGCACGACCGGCCGAUGCAGCCGUGCCGCCAUGUUUGCGAGACGGUGCGUCGGAGGUGCACCGCGGCCUUCGACGCCAUCGCCAUGGCGUGGCCCUACUUCCUGGACUGCGACCGGUUCUUCGUCAGCGAGGAGGAGGGCUGCUACGACCCGCUGGAGGGCCUACGAGUGGAGCAGGACGGAGACGACUACUACGGCGGCCUGCCCCCCGUAGAGGACCCCUCCUUCGGCUCCAUCCGCUUCGGCCACCACUCGGAGGCCCAGCUGGCCAGCGUGCUGUCCCAGACGGCCGAGCGCUGCUCCGACGUCGCCCGCACCUACUCCAUCGGCCGGAGCUACGAGGGCCGCGACCUGCUGGCCAUCGAGUUCUCCGGCAACCCCGGCCGGCACGAGCUGCUGGAGCCGGAGGUGAGGCUGGUGGGCAACGUGCACGGCGACGAGGCCCUGGGCCGCCAGCUGCUCCUCUACCUGGCCCAGGACCUGUGCAACGAGUACAGGCAGGGCAGCCCGCGGGUCCAGGCGCUCGUCAACACCACGCGCAUCCACCUGCUGCCCUCCAUGAACCCCGACGGCUACGAGGCGGCGGCGGCCGGGGGCCAGGACGCCGCGGAGGACGAGGAGGAGGGCAGGAAGUACAGGGCCAGGAACGUCGGCAGGACCAACGCUCAGGGCAUCGAUCUGAACCGGAACUUUCCGGAUCUGGCCUCCAUCGUCUACCGCCGCCGCAGACUACGGACCUAUCGGACCGACCACAUUGCCAUCCCAGACUUUUACUGGUUUGGUAAGGUCGCCCCGGAGACGUACGCGGUCAUGAAGUGGGCACGGUCCGUCCCCUUCAUGCUGGGGGCUAAUCUCCACGGCGGGGACCUGGUGGUGGCCUACCCUUACGACCUCUCCAAACACCAGCAGCACAAGCUGUUCUCCCCCACGCCGGACGAGAAGGUGUUCAAGAUUAUCGCGAGAACGUAUGCAGAUUCUCAUCCCACCAUGGGCCGCGAUCAGGCAUGGUGCGGGUCGUCUCGCGCCAGUAAGAACGGAAUCAUCAAUGGAGCGCAGGUGUCCAGUUUUGCGGGAAGUAUGCAAGACUUCAGCUAUCUCCACACAAACUGUUAUGAGGUGGCGGUGAAUCUGGGCUGUGAUAAAUUCCCUGCUGAAGAGGAUAUGGAAAACGCCUGGCACGAAAACCAGGAGGCGUUCAUUUCCUUUUUGGAAGGGGCCCAUCGGGGCGUCAAGGGCCUGGUGAAGGACGAGGGGGGCAACGGCAUCAAAGGGGCCCGGGUAUCGGUCCGGGGCGUGAGACAUGAUGUCACCACAGCCGAGCAGGGGGACUACUGGCGCCUACUGGCCCCCGGGGUCCACAUCCUGACCGCCACCGCCGCGGGCUACACCCGCGCCAUCAAGAGGGUCCGUCUCCCGCCGGGCAUGCCCCACGCGGGCCGGGUGGACUUCGUCCUGACGAAGACCGCGCUGGAGCCCAACGCCACCGCCCUCAACCGGGUGGAGGAGGAGGAGGUGGUGGUGGUGGUGAGGGCGGAGGAGGAGGGCGGCGGCGGCGGCUACUACAGCGAGCAGGACGACUACGAGCGCUUCGACCCCUAUAACCACUUUGAGCGCUACACGGCGGCGGCGCUGGCGGCGCGGCGGCAGGAGCGGCGGGCGGAGAAGCCCUGGUGGUGGAGCUUCUUCGUGGGGUCGGGGGGUGGGGGGGCGGCCCCCACCUGGCUCCUGAGGAAGGAGGAUUAAGGCCGAGUUAUGGUUCCACGUCGACGCAACCGCAAGGGGGUUUACGGACCCGUUACGCCUCCCUAAAAUUGUAACCUUGCUUCGAGGCGACGCAGCAGCAAGGGCAGUGAUUGGUCCGCUCACUCAAACCCGACGCAGAACCAUAACUGGGUCACGUCUGCGUUGAAGCGUCUGCGUGGUCAUUGCGUUGCGUCGAUGUGGAACCUUAACUGAGCCUUGAGGCCGACAGACAGGAAGUGACUGAGCGGGGCAAGCUGUUGGUUGUAGUCUCCACCGUGUCUUACCGGGUUGUACCGUGUUGUCUGGACGGGGUGGGGAAAGGGGGAGAGGUUUGGUUGGGUGGUUAGGGGGGGGGUUGGCUUUUGACAUACAGUAGUUGCACAAUUUAGAUAUUUCCCUCGAGUUAGGCCACAGGCAAUAGUAAGCUGUUUCCAAUCAUGAGUCAUGAAUCAAACAAACCGCUUUAGGUGUUAAAGACUUUAUAUCUACUAUAUUUGUACACUCACAUUUCUGCAAACCGUUAAUAAAAAAAUAUGGAACUACU